AUGGAGGAGGAGAUGCAGCCGGCGGAGGAGGGGCCCAGCACCCCCAAAAUCUACAAGCAGCGGGGCCCCUACAGCGUCCUGAAGACCUUCCCCGGGAAGCGGGCGGCGCUGGCCAAGCGCUACGAGAGACCCACCAUGGUGGAGGUGCCCCGCGGGCGCGGAGCGGGGCAGCCCUUCCCGCACGCCGCCGCCGAGCCGCUGCCCUACGCGCCGCACGGCCCCUUCCCCAACGGGCCCGCCCGCCCCGCCGCCGCCCCCGGCGCUGCCCAGGGCCACCCCCGCCCGCCGCCGCCGCCGCCGGCCCCGAGCUCCUCGGGCCGCUACGGCCCCUGCCCGGCGGCGGCGGGGGGCGGCGGCGCGGAGCUGAGCGCAGAGAGUCGAAUGAUUCUGGAUGCCUUUGCCCAACAAUGCAGCCGGGUUCUAAGUCUCUUAAAUUGUGGUGGAAAACUGCUGGACAACAAUCACUCUCAGUCCAUGAUUUCUUGUAUAAAGCAGGAAAAUCCAAAUUAUAGUGAAAGACAAGAGCAAUGUCAGCUUGGGAAAAUGGUCCAUAGUCAGACAUCAGACAUUUUAGACAUAGAGAUGCAGUAUAUGCAAAAGAAACAACAAACCUCAGCCUUUCUGAGAGUUUUUACCGAUUCCCUUCAGAACUAUUUGCUUUCUGGGAGCUUCCCUUCUCAGAACACCUCAUCAGUAAAUGAUUUUAGCCAUUUGGCAGAUGUGGAUCCACUUUCAACCUCUCCAGUGCACACUUUAGGUGGAUGGACAUCUCCAGCAACAUCUGAAUCUCAUGGUCACCCAUCAUCUUCUACACUUCCAGAGGAGGAAGAGGAGGAAGAGGAAGAAGGUUACUGCCCUCGGUGUCAAGAGCUAGAGCAGGAGGUAAUUUCAUUGCAACAAGAAAACGAGGAACUUCGUAGAAAAUUGGAGAGCAUUCCAGUGCCCUGCCAGACUGUUUUAGAUUAUUUGAAGACUGUACUUCAGCAUCACAACCAGCUUAUGGUACCACAGCCAACAGACCAUCCGACUGAGGGGAGCAAGCAGUUGCUGAACAACUACCCUGUCUACAUCACUAGUAAACAGUGGGAUGAGGCUGUAAAUUCUUCCAAGAAAGAUGGACGACGGCUCCUUCGCUAUCUCAUCAGAUUUGUUUUCACAACCGAUGAGCUUAAGUACUCAUGCGGCCUUGGAAAAAGGAAAAGGUCAGUGCAGUCAGGAGAGACAGGUCCUGAAAGACGUCCUCUGGAUCCAGUAAAAGUAACAUGUCUCAGAGAGUUCAUUAGGAUGCAUUGUACUUCCAACCCAGACUGGUGGAUGCCAUCCGAAGAGCAAAUAAACAAGGUAUUCAGCGAUGCAGUAGGACACGCUCGUCAAGGGCGUGCGGUGGGGACUUUCCUUCACAAUGGGAACUCGUAUUACGAAGGGACUGACCAUCCAGGAUCACAGGAUGAAGUCUUCAAUAGAGGUAUGCAAGAUGGAUCUGGAGAUUGA